AUGUCCAGGCCUGCCUGUAGCUGGAAAUUGGCCUGCUGCUGUGGUACUGCUGCUUGUUCCCUGUGCUGCAAAUGUUGCCCCAAGAUAAAACAGUCAACCAGCACUCGGUUCAUGUAUGCGCUUUACUUCAUCCUGGUGACUAUCAUCUGUUGUAUCAUGAUGUCAACAACAGUAGCAAACGAAAUGAAAACGCACAUUCCCUUCUACAAGGAGAUGUGCAAGGGCAUUCAGGCAGGUGAGAUGUGCGAGAAGUUGGUGGGAUACACUGCAGUGUAUAAAGUCUGUUUUGGAAUGGCCUGUUUCUUCUUUUUGUUCUUCUUGUUCACCAUCAGAAUUAACAGCAGCAAAAGCUGCCGAGCCUACGUUCAUAAUGGAUUCUGGCUCAUUAAACUUAUACUUCUGGCAGCAAUGUGCUCAGGAGCCUUCUUCAUUCCUGAUCAGGACACUUUCCUCAAUGCCUGGCGCUACGUAGGAGCAGCAGGAGGUUUCCUUUUCAUUGCCAUUCAACUCAUCCUGCUUAUUGAGUUCGCACACAAGUGGAAUAAAAAUUGGACUGCAGGUGCAAACCACAAGCAGCUGUGGACUGGUUUGCUUGCCCUGGUCACUCUCAUCUUGUACUCCAUUGCUGUGGGAGCCCUGGUCCUCAUGGCUCUUUUCUAUACACGCUCAGAGGGCUGCACGUACAACAAGGUCCUGAUCGGUGUUAACGGCGGCCUGUGCCUCUUUGUGUCGCUGGUGGCCAUAUCACCCUGCGUCCAGAAUCGCCAGCCCCAUUCUGGUUUGCUGCAGUCAGGAGUUAUCAGCUGCUACGUCAUGUACCUCACUUUCUCAGCACUAUCCAGCAAGCCACCAGAAACUA